AUGAUUAGCAAUUCCAAAAAAUGGUGGCAGCGCACUUCGGUGACGAGCGAUACAGCAAAGAUUCCUCUGAAGAACAAAACCAGCAGUAACAAUAUUGACAAUAUAAAUUCGAAGAACCAAAUAGGCAACAACACCGAUACUACUGAUGACAUACCUAUUAUUGUAAUGAAUGAGGGUGAUAGCUCAUUAGAUAUCAAAAAAGAUAACUUCUCAACAACAGCGUUAAAAGGAAGUAAACUAAGCAAUGACGAUGAUACUCAUAAUGAGACAGAUACGGAAGGCGAAAGAACAGCCUCCAUUUAUUCUUAUGGCGAUUCCGUAUUUGCACCAUCGUCUAUAUACAAUGUUACUCCCUCUAUGCGUGUUUUACGUGGGAAAUCAGAAGUGUCGUCGAAAACAGACGAAGGCAGAGAAUGGAAUGGCAGUAAUACCAAUAAUAACUACUCAGACAUUGAGUCCACUACAUCUAUAUUGAACAAACCUUGGAUCUCAUCACAAGUGUUGUCUGACUCUUCUUCCAAAUCUGCAGAUCUUGAUACUACCAUGAAUCACAGGGUCGAUCAUAAUGAUUUGGUAGAGCCUAAUGCUCAGAGCAGACAAAAUGAAAAUGACGUGCAUAACAAAACAGAUGAUUAUACCAUCAGGACAGUAGAAGCAGCAAAUUGUACAGGCGACAGACCUAACAGAUUAUUAAAUGUGACAACUGAACCUUCGAAAAGAAGAGGAAGUCUAGGUAGACUAAAAUUAGAGAUAACAGUGAUACUCAUCACUGGUCAUUUUAUUUGGUCUCUUUUCCUAUUAGGCUGGAUUAGGACGCUUGUUAAAUGGCAAUAA